AUGCUUAAUGUUACUGAUAAUAUCCAAAUAAAAUCAUAUGAAUCAGAAAUUAUCCAAGUUAGUAAUACAGAAGAAGAAGUUGACGAUAAUAAAGAUCCUGUUCUGUAUGAAUUAGAUGAAUUAGAAGAGUUAGUUACUACACAUUUUGUAAAUAUUGAAGAAAAUCAAGAAGUAACAUUUUCUGAAACUUUUGAAUUUGAGAAAGAAUUGAUCUAUAAUCCUCAAGAAUCAGAUAAUGUCCAAGAAUCAAAUAACAUCCAAGAAUCAAAUAACAUCCAAGAAUCAAAUAACAUUCAAGAAUCAAAUAACAUUCAAGAAUCAAAUAAUGUCCAAGAGUUGAAUAACAUCCAAGAGUUGAGCAAUAAUGUCUAA